AGUUGUCUGUCUAGCAGGGAUUCAGGGACACUGGGUCGGCCCCAGAUGAGGGUAUCGAGGAAGCGCGGAGGGGAUGUUGUCUCCACUGCACAAAGGCGUGUGGGAGGCUCAGCGGAAGCGGAAGUGCCUGCGUCCCCGGCCUAGACACCCACCGCUCCCGGCCUCUCUUCCUCCACAGAGUCCAGUGGCUGCGGCGGAGCAGCUGGACCCGGCGCAGCGCUGUGUGAUCUUUGAGGAUGUGUUUGUGUACUUCUCCCGGGAAGAAUGGGAGCUUCUUGACAAUGCUCAGAGACUCCUAUACCACGAUGUGAUGCUGGAAACCUUUGCACUUUUAGCCUCACUCGGAAUCGCAUCUUCCAGGUCACAUGUAGUCAUACAACUGGAGCCAGGAGAAGAGCUGGACCAGGUGGAUGUGACUCCAGCCACAAAAAGAGAGGCCCAGAUGGGAGCUGGACCUGCUGACAUUUCUGUGCUUUCAGAUUAUUGGCAUGGAGCUGAGGAUGAGGAGGCACCUUGUGAGCAGAGUGUUUCUGUGGAAGGAGUGCUGCAGACCACGACACCCAUGGCAGAGCUGAAGACCCACCCAUGUGACAUGUGUGGUCUCUCACUGAAAGAUACCUUACACCUGGCUGAAUACCAGAGAGAAAAAGUCAGGCAGAAACCACACACCUGUGGGGCAUGUGGGAAGCAAUUCUGGUUCAGUACAAACUUUGACCAGCACCAGAAGCCCAGUGGAGAGAAGCCCUUCGGAAGGGAUCAGGGUAGGGACUCUGUGAACAGCUGCAGAGUCCAUGUGCCAGAGAAGAUCCACACAUGUGGGGAAGGUGGCAUGAACUUUUCAGCUACCUCUAGCCUUCUUCAGCACCAGACCCCUCCCAGCAGGAUGAAGCCCCAUAAGAGCACCAAGCUUGAGGGGGGCUUUCCCGCUGGACAGAGGUAUCACAAGUGUGCCGAUUGUGGGAAAGCCUUCACCCGCAAAGACACACUUGCACGACAUCAGAGAAUCCACACUGGAGAAAGGCCUUAUGAAUGUAGUGAAUGUGGGAAAUUCUUUAGCCAGAGCUACGACCUCUUCAAACACCAGACAGUUCACACUGGAGAAAGGCCUUAUGAGUGCAGCGAAUGUGGGAAAUUCUUUAGACAAAUCUCUGGCCUGAUUGAGCACAGGCGAGUUCACACAGGUGAAAGGCUCUAUCAGUGCAGCAAAUGUGGGAAAUUCUUCAGCAGUAAGUCUAAUCUCAUUCGACACCAGGAAGUUCACACAGGAGCCAGGCCUUAUGUAUGCAGCGAAUGUGGGAAGGAGUUUAGUCGCAAACACACACUUGUUCUGCAUCAGCGAACUCACACUGGAGAAAAGCCUUAUGAGUGCAGUGAAUGCGGGAAGGCCUUUAGCCAAAGUUCCCACCUUAAUGUACAUUGGAGAAUUCACAGCAGUGAUUAUGAGUGUAGCAGAUGUGGGAAAGCCUUUAGUGGCAUCUCUAAACUCAUUCAGCACCAGAAAGUUCACUCUGGAGAAAAGCCCUAUGAGUGCAGCAAGUGUGGGAAAGCCUUCACCCAAAGGCCGAAUCUUAUCAGGCACUGGGAAGUCCACACUGGAGAAAGGCCUUAUAUAUGUAGCGAAUGUGGAAGAGAGUUCAUCCGGAAACAGACACUGGUUCUGCACCAGAGGAUUCAUGCUGGAGAAAAGCCUUAAGGGUAUGGUGAAUGUGGGAAAACCCUUUGGCCAACACCCUAAACUUAGGGUACUUUGGAGAACUAACAGUGAUUCUGAUGACAGCAUAUGCAGGAAAGCCUUUACUAAAGGCUGAACCUUACCUGUCAUUGGGAAUUUCUCACUGGACAGAGUCCUUAGGAGGACAGGGAAUGUACUGUCUCUUUGUUCAGCCUAACAGCUCACCCCAGAGCAAAGCUCUGAGAGUAGCUUUUGUAAGAGAACCAUCAGUCAGAAGCGGAACCUCAUAUGUAGCGACAUCCACCUGGGGAGAUUCCCUGUGAGUGGCAAGUAUGUGAGGUGCUUUCAGGAGCCAGGUUGCACUUUCUAAACAGCCAAAGGCCUUUGCCAGGGCAGGAGCCAUUCACUACCAUCAUCUGGCAGAGUGGCACAGUGUGUGUCCCUCCAGCAUACUUACUACAGGCAGACCUCUGUUCUUGCCCCAGUCCCUAGGAGUCAUGAGUGGUCUCACUGUACCAGAGGUCCUCAUUUUCUCGCUUUUGAUGUAAUUGGCAUGGAAAUAAUCAAUUUUGUUCCAAAGAACACAAGAAGGGUUCUACAGGUAGCUUGCAGAAGCUUACCUUCGUGGAUUUUUUGGUCUCAUGUGAUGCUCAUGAUAGAUAUAUCCAAUCUCUAAGCCACCCAGCCCUGGAACUUCCUGUCUCACAUUGUUCGUG